AUGCCGGAAACGCGUUCACAAACGCGAAUUACACCAGUUAGAGAGCCCAGUGACAAUAUGGCCGAGUCUACGAACAAUGGUGACGCGAGUGCAGGUCGUGCCCCCCGCGUCCCGCCGUAUAUAAGUGGUGACCCGGCACUAUGGUUUGUGCAACUGGAGACAUAUUUCGCGUUUUCUCGAUACGCCGACGACGAAACGCAAUUCCGUCUAGUGAUUAUGAACGUAACCGGCGACGUUCUCAUGGCCGUGCGCGAUUUAGCCACAAAUCCGCCCGCGACCGGGAAAUAUGACGCGGUGAAAAAGCGUAUCCUUGACUCCUUCGGUGAAUCCCAGGAGGUUCAACUGCGCCGUCUGCUGCACAAGCAAGAGUUAGGCAGUGAUAAACCCUCCGUAUUCUUGUACAAGUUACGCUCAUUGGCGGGCGACAGGUGCCCGGACAAUUUAUUGCGCACUCUCUUUUUAGAACGUUUGCAAGAGAAGGUGCGGACCAUCCUGGCUGUUAGUGUUAACGCGGACUUGUCGAUGCUCGCCGAACAGGCGGACAGAAUUUGCGAGCAGUUCGGUGUUUUGGAACCACCUCGCGAGGCGUGCGCAAUUGCCAGGCCGCCUUCAACCCUGGCCGAAUCUGGUGAGCUGGGCUCGCCAUUGCCAUGCACCAUGCUCGUGGACCUCGAGGCAGGCGGAAAACUAGGAUCGCCGUCUAUUGCGGCGGCUGACAGCGGCGACGCCCCUGAACGUCGCCUCAUCGUAGCGGAUUGCCGACCAGGCAUCAGAUUCUUGGUGGACACUGGCGCCGACGUGUCCGUCUUACCAGCAUCCCGCCUGGAUCGUUGUCGUCAGCCUGGAGCACCGCUUUUGGCUGCCAACGGUUCCACUAUCUCCACAUACGGAGAGAAGAAGAUCGAGCUGGACUUCGGGCUCAGACGUUCCUUCCCUUGGACAUUUACCAUCGCCGACGUCACCAAGGCAAUCGUUGGGAACGAUUUCCUCGAGCAGUUCUACUUAUUGCCAGAUGUGCGCACGCGCAAGCUGGUGGACGGCAAGACGUUACUGAGCAUUAAUUGUCGUCUGUGCUCUUCCAGGGUCUCCACCAUCAGCCGCAUAACCCGGAGCGACGAUUUUCGCACCGUUCUGGCCAGUUUUCCUACGCUCCAGAGCAGUACUUGGUCCCCGGUCAACAGGGUGGCACACAGUGUGGUGCACCCCAUUGAAACCACUGGCCCACCGUUGACGGCUCGUGCACGGCGACUGGACCCGGAGAAACUUAAGGCAGCACGCGACGUCUUCAUGGAAAUGAAGCAGCAGGGUAUCUGCAGAGUUUCCAACAGCCCUUGGGCCAGCCCAUUACAUCUGGUCAAGAAGAAGGAUGGUUCUUGGCGUCCUUGCGGCGAUUACAGACGUCUGAAUCAGGUCACGAUUCCAGAUCGUUACCCCAUCCCGUUCAUCCAGGACUGCACAGCCUUUCUGCACGGAAAAACACCAAAGGAGUUUUUCAACUCUCACAGUGGCUUAGAGAAAAUGGCACACCCUAAGGUUGUAAGAUCAGUACCAGCUGUACCUAGUGUCUUGUUAAGGCACACAAUCGAAAAAGAAUACCAUAUUCUCGGAAUAACUUCAAGGGACUUUUUCAAGCCUCACAGUGGCUUAGAGUACAACAUGGAAGAACUCAAGGUGGAGUUCAAGAAACACUGUGACGAUUAUAUGGAGGAACUUUAUCAAAAUAAACCAUCAAAGGCUUUGGGAUUUUGUACUGAGAUCAUAUUUCAAAUUGGCCCAGAAUUGCGUAAAGUCAAUCGCGGUAUAAAAGAUAAGAUCUGGAAAUUUAUCUUUUGUAAAGCCCAAGACAAACACAUUGUAUUUAUCGUGGAUUACAAACAAGAAAAUGCGCAAUAUACUUCAAUGAAUGAUGCAAAAUUUAUGGUCCUUUCAGUUGAGGAAGCUGGUUUACUAGCUCAAGAGACAUUUUCACGAUUGAUCAAAAUGGGUUAUCAUGAAGGUUACAAAUUGGUGACCCCCCUUGCUUGUGCGUUUUUCAGUAAGGAUGAUACAAGUUCAUUGGCUGAAGAACUUGGCAUAACAGAGGUGGAGCUACUAGUGAAUUUAAGUCAAAGCACACAAAGUGGUGGGCAGUAUCUUACAAAAUCUGACAUCGACAUAGCUGUAUGCUCUUCUAUUGCAGCCACUCGUAACUUAAAGGACGAAAAUCUAAGAAAGGGGAUAGUGAUUAAGGUGCUCAAACAGUAUAUAAAUAAAGGAUUUGCUCCUGAUAAAAACAGAAUUGCUAUUAUUUCAAAGUACGUGCCUGGAGGAGUGCCAUCAGAGUUUGCAUAUGAAGAACUCAUUAGAGUCCUUGAUUCUGAGCAAAAGAAAUGUAGUGCUCUUAAGAUGGCCAUGGCCAAGAAGCAGUCUGAAAUGUAUGUAAGAGUUCUGGUCCCAGGAUCAUCAAAAGAAUUUUAAGCUAGUUCACAAAAGACGAAGAAUAUACUAGUGCCAUCUUUGUUAUGUUAGUUUUAUAGCCAAUAAAGAAGAAGAUGAAACAUGUUUAUUACAUAGCAAUACAUCAAGAUGAAUACGACAGACAAACUUUCAUGUGUUAAUAUUACUGUAUUCAAUUUAAUGUCUUCACUAAUAAGAUAAUGAGAUAAAACUAUAACCAAUGUUUUUAGGUCAUAUAUUAUAAUAAUAUGUAUUUGUAGUUAGAAUUAAUAGGCUGUAGAGAG